GGAUGGCGGUGUUUGCAGGUAACCCCUGCAUGGGGACCAGGCGGGGCCUGGGAGGGACUCUCAGCGGAAACCUAGCAACCGGGGCCUCCCUGUCUGUGGCGCCUGGCAACCAACCGCCAAGGCAAUGCAGGUGCUGGCCCUGGACUCUGCCUUCCAGGGGAUGUGGGGCCACUCCAGCUCCCUGGCAGCGGCGGGUCUCCAGGAGGGACACUGAGCACAGCGUCAGAUCCUUCAGUCACACCAGGGCUGACCCUGCUGGUGGGUAGCUGAGCGGUGCUCUCUUGCAGAAAAUUGACCACCAGGGUGGGAGGGUGCCUGCGGCCUCCCCUCUCCUGCUUCCCAGGAUGCUGGACCCCUCUGUGGCAGAUCAAAUGGCCCGACUGACCCUGAAACUCUUGGAGAAGAAACUGCAGCAGGAACGUGAGGAUGUGGAAGGGGAUUCUGAGGACCCCCACCUCGUGCCAGGCUUGCCCCCAGGACACAAGGACCCGCCAGACGCCGCCCUGCAGAGCGCUCUCAGAACCAGGAGGGACCUUCUGCAGAGACUCUGGGAACAACAGCUCGUGGACAAGCUCCUUCGCACCUGGAGGGGGCCGAGCACAGCAGCCCGCGGGCCAGUGCUGUCCCCACAGCUGCCCCCAUGGAGCUAUGGCACCACCUUGCAGCCCCCACCGGCCCCAGAGCUGCCGCUUCAGGUCAUCCAACACCAGAUCCCCCAGCCUCCUACCACCAUCAUUCAGCAGCUACCUCAGCAGCCACUCACUGCACAGAUUCCCCCUGCCCAGGCCUUCCCCACAGAAAGGUCAGGAAGUAUUAAGGAAGACAUGGUGGAGAUGAUGCUGCUGCAGACGGCACAGAUGCACCAGGUCAUCAUGCAAAGCCUGAUGCUCCAAGCCCUGCCCCCAUCGGCGAUGGCACCCUCUCAGGGACCGCCCGCCGUCCCGCGAGCUGAGAAGCGGAAGCCGCCGUCCGUGCACCACCACCAUCACCACCCCGCGCCCGCAGCCCCGCUGCAGGCCGUCCCUGCGCCCGGCUCACCUGCGCCUUACUCCGUGUGGUCCCCGGUGGUCCCGGCCACCGCCCUCCCGCCGGCCGCCAGCUUCCUGCCCACCGUGCGCCACGUGACCGGCCCUCCAGCCGCUGCCCUGAGCGCGGUGGCAUCCGACGGCGUCCUGCCCGCUCAGGUUCCGGGCCUGUGAGCCCCACGAUGGCCGGCCGCUCCUUGUCCUCCCAGCAGAGGCGCCCCGGAAAACCAGGCGGAAGCCCGGCAGUCGUCCCUGGCGGGGGACUCGGAGGGUCUUAAGGAAACGGGGAUUUCGUUAGGAAAGAUGCCCUGGAGCCACAGAAGGAAAGAUCCAUAGAUUUAGCCACAUAAGAAUAUAAACCUUCCUGCGGGAAAAGUACCCUAACCAGUCAAAUAGACUGAACACUGGGAUAUCUGCUGUCCACACGGGUGGCAGUGCUGAGGGGCAGAAGGAGCAGCUGCAGAGC